ACUAAAAUUGAACGUAAGACCUAUUUACAAGUUAGCAAUGUAACUUGUAAGCGGCUUUAAAGUAGGAAAAUACCAAGGUAGAGGCACAAUUGAAGAUAGUAAUUCCGGGCAAGCAUCGCAGCUAUUUUGGAGUUUCCCUUCAGAGUCUUCAACCCUUGAGAAGAGAUGAGUUCCGGUAUGCCUGAAACCAUUAACCCUUGGAGCAGCAGGCAACCGCCCCCCUCCAGAGCCCAGGUGUGCAAUGAAGAUGGUCUCUCUCCUCAAGACGUACUCAUGUCUCAGCAAGGUACAUUAGAGUUUGAUGCUGUAGGAACAGGUAGUAACCAUGGUGAUGAGCUCCGUAGCAAGGAUUCGGGAGAUGCAGUACAGAAGGAGAAAUCAGGAGGAUGUUCAGCGCGAUGCAGCUCCUGCUGCUUCACUCUCUGCAAACCCUGCCUGGUGGAACAUCAUCCUCUACCUGCACAGCCAACACACUGUCAGAGGUUCCGGUAUCUCCUCAUGUGCCCGCCGCAUGGAGCCUUAUCAAGAUGGCUAACAAUUCUUCUCCUUAUUGUGCUGACUUGGGUAGUAUUGUGGGCUGUUACAGGGAGUGAAGCAUUACCAGGGGGUAACCUUUUUGCUCUCUUCAUAUUGGUGGUAUCCUGCAAGGCAGGUGGAUUAGCCAUAGAGGUCAUCAAACUACCAGCUCUGCUCGGAAUGCUUGUUGUUGGUUUCAUGCUUCGGAACAUACCAGUCAUCAACGUAGCAGAGGACAUCUCUCCCACAUGGUCCUCAUCCCUCCGAGACAUGGCUCUAGUCAUCAUACUCUUGCAGGCUGGUAUCGGCUUAGAUGCUAGUGCUCUCAAGAGGCUGAGUAUGGUUUGUGUUCGUCUGUGCUGCAUGCCCUGUAUAGCUGAGGCCUGUACAGCUGCUGUUGUAUCACACUUUCUGCUUGGCUUCCCGUGGGCCUGGGGUUUCAUGCUAGGAUUUGUUCUUGGAGCUGUUACUCCAGCUGUGAUAGUACCAUCUCUACUGAGUUUACAAGCCAGAGGUUAUGGGGUGAGACAAGGCAUACCAACCCUGGUCAUAGCAGCUGCUAGUUGUGAUGAUGUCCUCGCCAUCGGUGCUUUUGGAGUGAUCCUGGGAAUCGCAUUUGCAAAAGGUGAUAUAAUUUACAGUAUUUUCAGGGGUCCUCUGGAGCUAGUGAUGGGGGUAUCUUUCGGCUGUGCGGCAGGGUUUCUUCUUUGGUAUAUCCCUGACCCAAACCAGAUCUGGUUACCCAAGAAGCGCUUCAUCCUGCUUCUCUAUGGGGGAAUCUUUGCUGUCUUUGGUAGCGGUGCUGCACAGUACCCUGGUGCAGGUGCUCUUGGCUGUCUCACCAUGGCAUUCAUUGCUGGACACAGAUGGAAAGAGCGAAAGGAAGGUGUAAAUACUUUGCUGUCGUAUCUCUGGUUACUGUUUGAGCCUCUUCUAUUUGGCUUGAUUGGAGCUGAAGUAUCCAUUUCAUAUCUGGACCCAGCUACAGUAGGUUUAGGCUUUGCCACACUCAUCAUAGGUCUGUGUGUUAGGAUGGUUGUCUCUGCAUUGGCUGUCACUGGGGCCGGUCUGACGUGGAAAGAAAAGCUGUUUAUCUCCCUCGCAUGGUUACCAAAGGCAACUGUUCAGGCUGCAAUUGGAUCCGUAGCUCUAGAUACAGCGAGAGACAGAGGAAGUGAAGAAGAGUUAGAGAUAUAUGGAAUACAGCUUUUGACGGUAGCAGUCCUAUCCAUCCUGUUCACUGCACCCCUAGGAGCUAUCGUCAUAUCGCUGACCGGUCCUCGCCUUCUGAGAUGUGCCCCUCCAAACCAGACAAGUUCUCACAGAGACGUACCGGAAGUAGCAGAAACUCAGCCAAGAUAUGAACCAACAAGAGGGGGCAGCUGUAGAGAGGGGCUUAGUGUGAACAACGUCUUAUUAGAACAAACAAGGGUGGCAGAGAAUUCAGUUUGAGUGUCAUGGAGCCAUUGUCAUAUCAUUGAUGGGUCCUUUCUUGAUAAGAUGUGCCCCUCCAAACCAGACAAGUUCUCACAGAGGCGUACAAGCAGUAGCAGAAACUCAGCCAAGAUAUUAAGCAACUAGAGGGGGCAUGUGUAGAGAGGGGCCUGGUGAAAACAAUCUCUUAUUUGAACAAGGCAGAGGGGAAGAGAAUGCAGUAUGAUCGGCUGCGGAGAGGAAUCAAGGAAAAACAAAAAAGAUAUUUGAUUCACAUGUGUUAUUACUGUCAUGUUUCUAUUCCAAUCAGGGAGGCCCAUGAUCAGAGGAAAGAAUGGUGUAUUGCAGCCAAAAUGAAUUGUGGGCGAUUGAUCAAGAGCCUUUCAACAUGAGCCAGUGGCAUGUCUUUCACUGUACUUUGACUUUUAAAGUGGUGGCUCAGUGGUUAGAGCGCCCGCCUCAUGCACAGGAGGUCGUGGGUUUGAACUCCGGCCGAGUCAUACC